AAUGGAGUCGAAUACACAGCUGCUAUGUGGAAUAUGUACCCAAUCUAUGGAUAAAAGACAACCUAGAAUUUUACCGUGUCAGCACAAUUUUUGUCUGCAAUGUCUCGAUCAACUGGAUACUGAUCAAUCGAAUAACGAAAUUUGUUGCCCAGUUUGUAAAAAUAAAGUAAGGCUGUCUGCUAAAGGAAUUUAUGGCUUGCCCAGGCGUUCUUCAACAAUCAAUUCAGAAAAAUCUACCAAUAAAUCAGCGUGCUCUAUUCACAACACAACUCAUAUCAGUCCCACUAUAAUUUGCUCAGUUUGUAAGAGUGAUAUUUUAUGUUUGAAUUGUCUUGAUAAACACAAACCACCCAAAUGUCGGAUAGUCUUUUCCAGUCACUAUAAAAUGGAAACUAAAAAAGCUAUUGAGGCCUACUCUCUUAAACUGGAUAUUUACGAACGACGCAUUGAAGAAGAAGUGGAAUUGUUACGCCAAAGAUUAAAAGAAACAGAAGACGAUUGCUAUAAAAGGAUAGAGGAGAAGGUUGGACACCUUAACGACGAGAUAGAAGAGUAUAAUUCACGCAAGAUUAAUGAGAUUAAGAAAUUAAGGAGAGAGAUUCAAAGCAAUCAUAUUGACGAGAAAGAAAUGGAGAAAAAAUCUGAUAAUUUUAUAAAGGGUUUCUCAACUAAACAGUCUUUCCUAGCAUUGAAUUUUGAUCUCGCCAAAAAACCCGAAAGUGGCGACGAUCGAAAAAUAAAAAGGUGUCAACCUACAUUAGAAACUAUACAUAAAUUUCGUAAAAUAGCAUCAAUAUCUGCUGAGUAUAAUCAUUGUAAAUAUUUGAAUGAUGGUUUAGUUCAAAUUGUUUAUUCAAAAAAUUCGUGCUCCUUAAUAAGAAUCUUUAAGAAUGGCCAACGUAAACAAACGUUCAUCUCAAAGCUCAUUACCGACUUUUCUAUAACAGUAAAUGAUACAAUUUACGCAAUAGAUGAAGGCAAUAAACGUAUACUUAAGUCUAAUUUAAAAAAUUCAAUGAAUAUCAAGUAUAAUUCAAUAUGCCAGGUGGAUAAUGCAUGGAGACUCUUUGUAAGGGACGAUGCAAAAGUAUCUAUUGCCGUUUUAUCUUCUCCUCAGAAGAAGAAUCAAACGGUAAGCCUUAUUUUCCACGAUAAAUUGGAAUGGACAACUCAAAGCUGGGGUGAAGCAAAUUUAACUCUUACAGCCUGCGUACUAAGUGAUGGAAAUGUUAUUGGUGUAGGAAAUAACUGUCUAGUUAUGUAUACUAAGAAAUCAGGAAGUGUAGUCAGAAUACUACCUUGGUCAACUUCACCUUUCGAAGUAUACUCAGUAAUACAUUUACCAAGAGAAGGCUUCCUAUUAACUAAAAAUGGACAAUCACAAAUUCAAGCUUUCGAUAAUGAACUGGUGAAACAGAAUAACUUGAAAUUAAACUUUAGUCCAGGGGAAAUACAAUUAACAAGUAAUGGAACUUUAUAUACAAAAAAUAUAACAAAUUUAUCUGUAGUUGUUCAUGAAAUCAUAUAG